CAGUCUUGAGCAAAAUGUCCAGCGGACCGAACGUACUUCUGAUCGCCAUCGUCGUCGCCCUGCUGGCCAAUCCCUGUUGGUCGGCACCAGAAUGCGGCCGAAAUGCGGAGCAGUGCAAGGAGCACAGGAUGCAUCCGGAUCUCCCGGAACCGGAACGCAAUGGUAGAGCAUACCGGGUGGUUGAAGGAGAGGACACCAACGAAUACUGGCGUGAGCAGGGCAUUCAGUUUGUCCAGCAAAAGCUGGCUUUCGAAUUGAACCAGAAGCAGGCGAAGAAUGUGAUCCUCUUUCUGGGCGACGGAAUGGGAGUGACCACCACCGCGGCGGCUCGCAAUCUCCUCGGAGGGGAGGAGAAGUCCCUCUCCUUCGAGAGCUUCCCGCACACCGGAUUCUCGAAGACCUACUCCGUGGACAAGAUUGUUCCGGACUCCGCCUGCACGGCCACCGCGUAUCUGUGUGGCGUGAAAGGUCAGGAGGGAACGAUUGGCGUCAAUGGCCAGGUGCCCCGCACCGACUGCACCGUCAUGCUGGACGAGAGCACCCACGUCGACUCGAUAGCCAAGUGGGCCAUGGAGGCGGGCAAGUGGGCGGGUCUGGUGACCACCACUCGGGUUACCCACGCAUCGCCGUCGGGGGUUUACGCCCACAUCGCGGAACGCGACUGGGAGAACGAUGCGGAGGUGGCCAGCGAUUGUGGAGCGAACUCCGGAAUAAAUGACAUUGCCUAUCAGUUGACCCGCGGUGAAGUGGGCAGCAAGUUGAAGGUUAUCCUCGGCGGUGGACGCAAGAACUUCGUGGACUCCACUCUGGAGUCCUGGGGAAAGCGAACUGAUGGAUUGAACCUCAUCGAGGAAUUCAAAUCAGGAAACGAAAGUAACGUCUAUGUGACCACCGCCGAGGAACUGGAGGCCGUGGAUGUGACCAAGACCAAUCGCCUGAUGGGUCUCUUCAACGAGGAUCACCUGCAGUACCUGAUGGAAACCACGGAGGAGAGUGAGCAACCCACUCUGGAGCAGAUGACCCGCAAGGCCAUCGAGUUCAUGAAACAUAGCGAACAGGGAUACUUCCUCUUCAUCGAGGGCGGUCGCAUCGACCAGGCUCACCACAUCAACCAGGCGAGGAUGGCUCUCAAUGAAACCAUCGAGUUCUCCAAGGCCAUUGCCGCCGCCCAGGAGUUGACCAGCGAAGAUGACACCCUGCUGGUGGUCACCGCCGACCAUUCGCACGUGUUCUCCUACGCAGGAUACUCGUACCGCGGUUCGGACAUUUUUGGAAAGGCUCCCGUGACUGGACAGGAUGGCCAGCCCUACAUGGUUCUGAGCUACGCCAACGGCCCGAGCUUCGAGAACUUCUACGAUGGAGCGACGAAGGAGCGGAAGGAUCCCACCACGGUGGUCACUGGCAAGCACGACGACGAGUUUCCCUCGGGAGUGCCAAUCGACAUGGAUUCCCACGGGGGCGACGAUGUGCCCGUCUACGCCUUGGGCCCUUGGUCCCAUUUAUUCACCGGCGUCUACGAGCAGAGCACCAUUCCCCACCUGAUGGCCUAUGCAUCCUGCCUGGGUGAGGGCCACACCAUGUGCAAGUAGGAAAAGGAGAACAGGAUAACAGAAAGAGGAGCAGAAGGGGGAAUGGGAAACAGGGGAAGCCAGCAAGGAUAUGCCAUGCCGGGUGGCCGUAACAAUUAAGUUUGAAGCUCAUUAAAUCUUGCCAGCGAGCGGCAUUUGCAUUUGCCUGCACUCGAGUUUAUUAUGCGAACGCGAA